UAAGUCAAGAAAUUAUGUAACCUAAGCAAACCCAAAUCCCCUUUGACUUUGAACAUGAUGCACAGCCAGGUUAGCAAUGCACCACCAUCAAUGGCACUUUGGCAAUUUGGGUAAUGCAAAAGGGUAAAUGCACAACAUCACCACUAUAUCAAUGCUGGAAUUUUCCUCUGGGUUCAUACCAUCCUACUACAUCUCUAGCAAGUUUAAGGUGAUUUAGGAAGAAAUAACAAGAAACCCAGUUCGAUAAAAUGUCUCUAGUCACAGAAGAGAUCAAGGCCAAAGCUGAGGUCUAUCAUGGAGAUGAAAUCUGCCAAGAGAAAACAAAGUUGUUGCUCAAGGAAGUAGGCCUACCAAAUGGGCUCUUGCCUUUGCAUGACAUUGAAGAAUGUGGGUAUGAGAAGGAGUCAGGAAUUGUGUGGCUAAAGCAAAAGAAGAGCAUAAACCACAAGUUUGAAAAGAUUGGAAAGCUUGUGAGUUAUGCAACUGAGGUCACUGCUGUGGUGGAGAAAUUCAAGAUCAAGAAACUAACUGGAGUGAAGACAAAGGAGCUCUUGGUUUGGGUUUCAUUAAGUGACAUCUAUCUUGAUGAUCCACCGACUGGAAAGAUCACUUUCCAGACUCCUGCUGGUCUCUAUAGAUCUUUCCCAGUUUCAGCUUUUAUGGUUGAGGAAAAAGAAACCAAGGAUGUGAAGGAAGAAAACAAGGAAGUUAAGGAUGUGAAUGCUGCUGCAGCUGUGGAAGUGAAAGAUGUGUGAGUUGAUUUAGUUGUCUCUUAAAUCUUGACACAAAACAAGGCUUUACUUGCUUUGUCUUUCCUAUCAUAAUUACCAAUUCUGAUGUAUCACCUGUUUUAGUUCUUGCUGGUAAUAAAAUGCUUUUAAUACUUCCUAA